AUGUAUAAAACGAGUUGUGCAUUCUCUAUCUUGUCCUCUUUGGCGGCGUCGGCGGCGGCGUCGACCAUUGUUCGAUUCCCUAGCCGCAGGCCAAUGGCUUCAAUUUCCACUGCAAGCGGAGCCACCUCGCCCGACCCAGAAAACCUUAAACCCUGGCUCCUUGUUGGCCUUGGCAACCCGGGGAAGCGUUACAGCGGGACCCGGCACAACGUGGGCUUUGAGUUGGUUGAUUUUAUAGCUGAAGCGGAGGGGAUACCUAUGAGCAGCAUUUCUUUCAAAUCCUGUUUCGGAAGAGGCUCGAUUGGAAAUGUUCCUGUUAUGCUUGCUAAACCGCAGACUUUCAUGAACGCAAGUGGUGAGUCUGUUGGUGCUAUUGUUUCAUAUUAUAAGAUUCCACUGAACCAAAUUCUUGUGAUUUUUGAUGACAUGGAUCUGCCAUUUGCAAAGUUACGAUUGUUGCCGAAAGGUGGACACGGGGGACAUAAUGGGAUGAGGAGUAUCAUAACUCACCUAAAAGGUAGUCGUGAUUUUCCUCGUUUACGAAUAGGUAUUGGGAGGCCUCCAGGAAAAAUGGAAGCUGCUAAUUUUGUUCUCCGUCCUUUUACAAGAGACGAAAGUGUAGAGUUGGAUUUCACGUUUCAAAAUGGCUUGGAAGCAGUUCGAGUUCUUGUGCACGAGGGCUUUGAUAGAAGUGCAACCUUCGUCAAUAGUGCUAAAACGUUGGAACAUUUUAGGAGGAUAUGA